UCUUUCGACAUUCUCUCUCUUCCUCCUCCACCAUCAUCAUAUAAUACACGUCUACAGCAUCUGUUCGCUGCAAAAAGUACACAAUCUCCCACUUCCUCUUUUACACUCCCUUCAUUUUUGGUCUUUCAAACCCCAUAAGCCCUUUUCACUCCUUUUUAUACUCUCAUUUUACGUUUAUUUCUUCUUUCUUUCAUAAAUCCAGGCCUUCUUCUUCUUCUUCUUCUUCUUCUAUCAAAGUUAAUAUAGGCAAAUAUAAGAGAAGAAAUCGAAUUAAAGUUGAUCCGUGGAACUAGAUAAAGAACAGUACGAUUUGUUUUGACCAAAGCACAUUCGAGCCAUGUCAUUUAUUGGUACCCAACAGAAAUGCAAGGCUUGUGAGAAGACUGUUUAUCCAGUUGAACUUUUGUCUGCAGAUGGAGUUCCUUACCAUAAAUCUUGCUUCAAGUGCAGUCAUUGCAAAGGGACACUAAAGUUGGCUAAUUACUCCUCAAUGGAAGGUGUUCUUUACUGCAAGCCUCAUUUCGAGCAACUCUUCAAGGAGACGGGUAACUUCAACAAGAAUUUCCAAUCGUCUGCAAAGGCAGCUGAGAAGUUAACUCCCGAGCUGACGAGAUCACCAAGCAAAGCUGCCAGCAUGUUUUCCGGGACAGUCGAAAAAUGUGCUACUUGUGGCAAAACUGCAUAUCCACUUGAGAAGGUAACUGUAGAAGGACAGUCUUACCACAAAUCAUGUUUCAAGUGCUCUCAUGGUGGCUGCUCUUUGAGUCCAUCAAAUUAUGCAGCACUUGAAGGCAUUUUGUACUGCAAACAUCACUUUUCCCAGCUCUUCAAGGAGAAAGGAAGCUACAAUCAUCUUAUCAAAUCCGCAUCAAUCAAGCGUGCCGCUGCAUCCGUUCCUGAAGCUUGAAUACCUAUUUCAUGUUCUUCGUCUAUUCCCAUGUUUGCCGGUGUGUUUUCUUAUUGAUUUCUUGGAUUUAUGCUCGGGAGGGGAACCGGGAAGAAAGAAGUUGGGUUUCUCUCCGUUUAUUUGAGGCCUUGGUAUUUGAUUGAUCUAAGUAGAAGUGAAUGUUGUAACAGGACUCUGUGCAAGAUUUUUUAUGCAAUCCAAAUUUGGCUCAUUUCGAAUGAA